AUGUCUAUUCCAGCUGCUUUCGACGCGGCAUGCAUUUUCUGCAAAAUUAUCAAAGGUGAAAUUCCAUCUUUCAAGCUGAUCGAGACGAAAUACACUUAUUCGUUUUUAGAUAUCCAGCCCACUGCCGAAGCUCAUGUUCUGGUGAUCCCCAAGUACCAUGGCGCCAAGUUGCACAAUGUGCCUGACGAGUACUUGGCUGACAUUUUGCCCGUUACCAAGAAACUUGCAAUUGCGCUAGAUUUGGCUGUGGACUCGCCCGAGGGCGUUGGAUACAACGUGCUACAAAACAACGGCCGGAUAGCUCACCAGGAGGUGGACCAUGUGCAUUUCCACUUGAUUCCCAAGAGAAAUGAGAAAACCGGCUUGAUCGUUGGAUGGCCCUCUAUUAACACAGAUUUCGAAAAACUCGGGAAACUGCACCAGGAGCUGCUCAAGAAACUGGAGGCCUACGAACAACCUAAAUAG